AGUUGGAGAGAGCGGAGGAGCGAAGCGACACGAGAGGGACACAAUGGAGCCGACGGUGAUCAGCGAGCAACGGGAUGGCGGGGAGCCGCAAACACGACACCUCCAGAAGGCCGAGGACGCGGAUCUGCUGCCUCUGUAUCCGCUGCUGCGCUCGGUGGAGGAGGUGGAGGGCCCCGUAGAGGCUACGGUGACCGGGCGCAUCCCUGCUUGGCUUAGCGGCUCCCUCCUCCGCAACGGGCCCGGUCGCUUCGAGGUGGGGCCAGACUGCUACAACCACUGGUUCGACGGGAUGGCGCUGAUGCACCGUUUCCGCGUGCACGAUGGCCGCGUCUCCUACUCGAGCCGCUUUCUGCGCAGCGACUCGUACCUCCGCAACGAGGCCCGGCAGCGCAUCGUGGUGUCUGAGUUCGGCACCGUGGCCUUUCCUGACCCCUGCAAGACGCUUUUCGACCACUUCUUCGCCUGCUUCAGGGUCCCAGAGAUGUCCGACAACAACCUGGUGUCCAUCGUGGAGUACCAGCAAGACUUCUACGCCAUGUCUGAGACCCCGUCUUUGCGCAGGAUCGACCCCGUGACCCUGCAGACCAAGGAGAAGGUGAACUGGAGCGACCUGGUGGCUGUGAGCAUGGCGACGGCGCACCCUCACUCGGACCCCGAUGGGACAUCCUACAACUUGGGCAACAGCUUCGGCAAAGGUGGCCCCAGCUACAACAUCAUCCGCAUCCCGGCCAGCAAGAGCGGCCGGCAGCCGGACGGGCGGCCAGCGUUGAUGGAAGGGGCCACUAUCGUGGCGUCCAUCCCGGCCUCGUCACGGCUCAAGCCCUCGUACUACCACAGCUUCGGCAUGACGGAGAACUACAUUGUGUUCCUGGAGAUGCCCCUGCGCAUGGACCUGGUGAGGCUGAUGAGCUUGCCGUUCCGCCACAAGGCCACGGUGGAGCAGGCAAUGGUGUACGAGCCACGGCGCGGCACGCGCAUCCACGUGGUCAACAAGCACACGGGACAGCCCGUGCCCGUGGAGUUUCGGACCCGUCCCUUGGUGUGCCUGCACCACGUGAAUGCGUACGAGGAGGAGGAGGAGACGGAGGAGCCGGGGGAAGGGCGGCACUGCCUGGCCCGGCGCCUCGUGGUGGACUUGUGCGUGCAGGAGGGCAGCGGCGCCUACUCCGCCUACCACCUCGUGAACAUGCGGCAGACGGGCGCCGCCCUGCGGAAGAUCUACCAGAACGGGCCACGCUACGGUCUCCAGCGCCUGGUGCUGCCCCUGCCAGAGGCGGCAUCGACACCCGAAGGAACCCCGAAGAAGACCAAGAGCAAGGUGUGGGUGGAGCCUGAGGCGCUGCUGAGUGACGAGGAGCUGUCCCGCACGGGCGGCUUCGAGCUCCCCGCCGUGAACUAUGCACGGCACAACGGCCGCCGCUACCGCUUCACCUACGGCUGCGGCUUCCGCCACCUGGUGGGCGAGUCGCUGCUCAAGGUGGACGUCGAGGCCAGGGUGAUCGCGGCGGAGUGGAGGCUGCCGGGAUACUUCCCGUCCGAGCCGGUCUUCGUGGAGUCCCCGGGCGCCGAGCACGAGGACUCGGGGCUGCUCCUCUCCGUGGUCGUCUCGCCCCUCCCGGACUUGCCCGCCUUCCUCCUGAUCCUCGACGCUGCCACCUUCGCUGAAGUGGCCCGGGCAGAGGUUCGAGUCGCCAUCCCUUACGGCUUCCAUGGCAAAUACGCUCCGGGGAUAUGAGUGAACGGGGGAGCACCACGGAGGAGGGAAGGAAUGAAUUCGU